AUGCUGCUGGUGGCAGUGGACGGGGCUUGUCUCUUUUAGCUGGCUGGAUGUGUUGACAACUUGAAGUGCAUUUCUGCUCCAUCUCCAUGAUUAAACCGGCAGCUCGGAGGGGAGUCCCAGCGGAGGGUGAAGCACCAGCAGCAGCAGCAGCAGCAGCAGAAGAAGGAGCAGUCAGGGGGAAUGAGAGCUGAUCGAGUCGAGGCAUCUUCACUAUCAUGCACCCGACUCCAACCACCAGCCGUCCAUUUUACACGAUUAUAUGAGCCCAGGAGCGCCAGUUUGUCUGUGUCCUGCAGACAGCCAGUGUGCAGAAUACCCUAAAAUGACAAGAUAGGCCAACGCCUCGGUGCAGCUACAUACAGGGAAUGAAAACGCUCCCAAGAUGGUCCGCAUCGCAAAGGCCCUGGGUUUGGUUAUUCUGUGCGUCGCCGUGCUCAUACUGUCGCUCAUCAGCUAUGUGUCUCUCCGAAAAGACAGCCUCUUUGCCUCCUCUAAUUUCAUUGGAGGCCCGAGGAUUAUGUUCCACGCAGGAUUUAGGUCUCAGUUUGCCUUGAAUUUCCUGGACCCCUCUUUCAUCCCCUUAACUAACGCUCUGAACGAAGAGCUCCAGGGAAAAUCGUCCAAAUGGAAGUUCAACAAGACGGCUUUUUAUCAGCAGAGGAAAGAUAUCUUCAGCUACAUUGACAUUCCCACCAACUUCUCCCUCACAAAGAACAGUGUGCGUGUCGGCCAGUUGAUGCACUUUGACUACUCCAGCCACAAGUACGUCUUCUCCAUCAGCAACAACUUGAAGUCCCUGCUCCCAGACACCUCUCCAAUCCGCAACAAGCAUUACAGCAUGUGCGCCGUGGUGGGCAACAGCGGUAUCCUAACAGGAAGCCACUGUGGCCCCGAGAUCGACCAGGCCGACUUUGUCUUCCGCUGCAACUUCGCCCCCACAGAGAUCUACUCCAAGGACGUGGGCAAAAAGACCAACCUGACCACCUUCAACCCCAGCAUCCUGGAGAGGUACUACAAUAACCUGCUGACCAUUCAGGACAGGAAUAAUUUCUUCCUCAACCUGAAGAAGCUGGAGGGAGCCAUCCUGUGGAUCCCUGCCUUCUUCCUUCACACCUCAGCCACAGUUACCAGGACCCUGGUGGACUUCUUUGUGGAGCAUAAGGGACAACUGAAAGUGGAACUGGCCUGGCCUGGAAACAUCAUGCAUGAUGUCAACAAAUACUGGAAGACUAAAAACCUCUCCCCCAAACGUCUCAGCACUGGAAUCCUAAUGUACACGCUGGCCUCCGCCAUGUGCGACGAGAUCCAUCUCUACGGCUUCUGGCCUUUUGGAUGGGACCCCAACACAGGCAACGAUCUGCCGUACCACUACUACGACAAGAAAGGGACCAAAUUCACCACCAAGUGGCAGGAGACCCACCAGCUGCCCACCGAGUUCAAGCUGCUCUACAAGCUGCACAGGGAGGGUGUGAUUAAACUCAGCGUGACGCACUGCUCGUAGAUUUGCCAUGGAUGAGUCCAGAGACCAGAUACAGCCGCUCAGCUCACUUCUGUUGUGAACCACAAUGCAUGAUAAGUGUUAAUGCAAAUUUCUACACCCUCAAUCGACAAACACACAUUCACAUCAUGCUGUAACUUCACAUGACGAUGUCACAGACUUAUCACAGCGUUGUAACUCAUUUAUUGGUAUAUUGUUGUCUUCAGCACUGCACAGUUAGGGCUUUUUACGUCGCUCAGUUGCUUACAUUACUCUCCUUUGCAUGGCUGCUGGCCGUGGUGACACAGCUUGAACUAUUUGAAAUGAGGUUUGCAGGGGGAUGCAACAAAAAGUUAAAUCAUACAGUUCAGUUUAACACAGUAUUGAUUUAUUAAUCGCCUUUUACAGCAGUAUACUGAUUCUUUACACUGAAAUCACUGCCUAAUCUCAGGGAAAGAGUUAGAUCAGUGUAUUUUUGUAAUCAGAUUAAAUGCCUCAAGAGAGGUGCAGUUUCUGUUUGCAGGCCUUUUUCUCCCCAUGAGGUGUCAGACAAUCUGCACUGCUCUAGAAGAUGGUAUUUGUUUACAAGACUACACCCCAUAUAAAUAUACACACACACACACACACACACACACACACACACACACACACACACACACACACACACACACACACACACACACACACACACACACACACACACACACACACACACACACACACAAAUGUUGUUGUUCAAUUUUUCUUUUGAUUCUACAAUUUUUUUUAAAGUUAUUUGACAUUCCAACAAUAAGCCAUACAUUCAUGGACAGUGCGUUGUCAUUUGAAUACAGCAUUUUAGAAAGUGGUAUUGACCUACAUUAGGUUCUGCGACAUUUAAAAACAUCUACCAUUAGCAAGUCCACAGCCAUACUAGCGGCUACAUUUGAGUCAUUGAACUUCCAAAAAAAUAAAUACCCAAAAUGCUGUUUACCAACACAGCGUUUUCAUACAUUUAUUUGAGUUUGGCACCAAUUGAGCAAGGACCAUUCUAGAGGUUAUUUUAUGAUAUUUAAAAUAUAUCUUAAAGGCAGUACGUUGGGUUAAAGAUCACAGGGUAUUUAUUUUUCUGUCAAUUACAAUUUUAGUUCUAUGAAGCGAAUGUGUCAAUGCAUGAGAGUCACAAAGUGGGGCUAAGGUUGCUCCAGCUCUACGUAAAUUCAUUUCUCAGUUUGUCCUAAUUAACUAAUAGCUAGUUUAAAAACUCAGGAAGAAGGCCAAAAAAAGUAGCCCCCCAUAAAACUAAUUUUGUUUUGCUUUUUGCACGUUUUUUUGUACAAUUUAAACAAACGAGGUCUAUGUAUCCUUUAAAACCCAAUAUCUUUGCUAAUAAAUACUUUUAAAUGUGUUAGGGGGUCAACAAACUGACAAUCCUGUGUAAACGUUGGUAUGACUAUUGUUAUAUGUAUUACCUACAUAGAUGACAACAUCAUGCAGAAAUAAUUAUGUUUUUAAGUAAGGCUAGUAAUAUUAAUGCAGUUUAGCACUGCAGAUUGUCAAAUGUCCGAUCAUGCUAAUCUAGCAUGUUUUUCGGUCCUUAAGUCUGACUUUCCUGGCAUAUCAUUUUGUAAUUUGAGGUAUUUGAUAAAGUUUACAUUUUAACACAGUUUAGAUGUGUCAAAUUCAAUACUAUCUUUUUUACUGCUUAAUUCAAACUGAUGUUUGUUAGCAAGCUAACGUUAGCUUUGUUAGUUGGUUCAGUUGAAGUUAGCCUGCACCUGCAGUUAAGUCAGCGUAUAUAGAAGUAGUAUCAAGACAACACAAACAUACUUUUUUGAAGCUCAUGUGUUUGAAAUGAUCAAAAAGGCUAAGUUUGAAUUUACGAACAGCUGCAACCAGCUCCAGAAAACAAAGCUGUUGAAUAAUUGAAAAAUGGAGACACUAUUUUACAAUUCUUACCAAUAACAAGGCAGAACAUUUAAAGUGAAUCCAGAGGGUACCAGACCAUCUUGUGACCUAAAUUGCAGUGCUAGCGUGGCAAUUAUAAAUAGAAAAAUAAAUCAUUUUGGACAGUUUUUUUUCUCCAAAUAUAUCUAUCAAGAGGAAAAUACACUAUUUGUUACAUAUCUUUAGUUGGAGGGGGGUUAAUCAUCCAUCAUGUACCAUAUCAUUCCAAUAUUUGUGACAUAAAACAAGGAAUUUAGUGAAUGUUAUAUGACUUAAGUGCAUCUCGUAUAAAGAGCAUGAUCCAUUUAAAUGACAUUGCAUGUGAGGCACUAACAAAUCUUUUAGGCUAGUUUUAUACAACCUUUUUGAAGAUUGUUUUGAGGGUAAAAAUUUAGUUAUUUGCUAUUGUUUGUACUACUGACGGUGUAUUCCUCAAGGAUAACACCAGUGUCUUUGUAUAAGAUACUUCCGAAGGCUAAAGAAAGAACCCUAAUAUAUUUUACAUGGGACCAAAACCUAUAGAUAAACUUAAAAAUGAACAAGCUUUAUUUUUUGUAACUCUAGAUACUCUUGGGUUCUCAAAAACAGUGUUCCCUGUCAUGCUUCACUGAUGCAGACAUGGGGGGUGGGGGUUCAAAGCUGGCCACAUGACUCGUCUCAUGAGUCUACAAUGUGGUCCUGGUUGCAAUACCCUGGCUGAGACUGAGGUUUGAAACAUCGAGCUACGCAGUCAUUCAUACUUCCAGAUGUGUGCUUUUGUGCUCAUUUAGAUAGUAUGUGAGGCAUUUGAUUGGCAUGCUGUCAUACUAGAGUUCCUUUUGCUGUCUCAUUUUGGCAACAUUUCAGAUGACGUUUGUGUCUCGUCUCCGAAUAACAGUGCAGUAACAAACAUGAAACCACAUAUCGGAUGAUAAUGUUUGAACUUUAGCUGAAUUUUAUUGAUGUCUUUUAUGUCUACAUUAAAGGAUAUUUUCUGUAGACCCUUCAUAAGAAAUGUGUACACCAAAGACGAAGUGUUCAAAAAGGAAAUGUUUGGCUGGAUAAGGAUUGGUUUGGGAUUAAGGAAGCCAAAUGACAAUUAACAACAAGUAUUAUUGUAACAGAAAUAGAGUUUCCUUUUUAUGGUGUUGAAUUUGAUGUUGAAUAUCAUUCUUUGUGGCACAACAAUAAUGUCAAACUUUUUGUUUCUUGGCUUCAGCCAAAUUAAUGUGGUGGAAUUUAUUUGUGACUCCAUGAAUGUCCUAGACAGAUUUGUUUGAAAAAUCCACUGACAUGAAUGCGGGACAUUUUUAAGUUUCUCUCUUUAUUUAAUUAAAAUCAAUGUGUAGAAUGUGUGUAAACAAUAACAAUGCUAACAAAGUCUGCGAGGAUUGUAUUUCCAGUCAGAUUAGCAGUUUAUCUUUGUGUGCAUUACAUUUAAACGACAAGACAGUGACAUGUACAUAAACAUAAAAUGUCUUUAUUCCAAACGCAGCACUAUACAGGUUUUCGUUCCAACAACCCUUUAACAUUCUUGUACUUGUGUUUGAUCUGCAUGGCAAAUAUUAUCCAUAAUGCAUAAAAAAGCUUGGCUGCUUAUGUACAUGUCGUAUACAAUUCAUAAAUCAUAUAAAUGACUUAUCUAUCUUGGUUGUUCUAACAAAAUCAUCCAUAUAAGAAAUGUAACCAUGUCUUAAAUGUUUUUGGAUUAUACUCCAUGAUAAAUAUACGUUAUGUGCCUGCAUA